ACCCGGAAGCUUCCUCUCACAUGUUGUUAUGUACGUUCAGCGGUUGCUAUGCGCGGCUAUCAAGCUGUCACUGUAGUUUCUUCUCACUUUUCAUAGCAACAGACUAAUAAUCGGGUUAGAAGAAGAUGAAAGUGGUUGCGUUGAUCAGUGGGGGCAAAGACAGCUGCUACAACAUGAUGCAGUGUGUUGCUGCCGGACACAGGAUCGUGGCUCUGGCCAACCUGCGCCCUGCUCACACAGAUGAGUUGGACAGCUACAUGUACCAGACGGUGGGUCAUCAGGCUAUAGAGCUGUAUGCUGAUGCAAUGGAGUUGCCUCUUUAUAGACGUACCAUCCACGGUUCAAGCCUGGACACGAGCAGAAACUACCGUGAGACAGAAGGCGAUGAAGUGGAGGACCUGUAUCAGCUACUAAAACUAAUUAAGGAAAAGGAGGCCAUUGAUGCUGUGUCUGUAGGGGCCAUUCUGUCCGAUUACCAGAGGGUUCGUGUGGAAAAUGUAUGUCUGCGGCUUGGUCUGCAGCCGCUGGCCUACCUGUGGCGCCGAGAUCAAGAGUCGCUCCUUUGUGAGAUGAUUAAAUCCGACUUACAUGCCAUCCUCAUCAAAGUCGCGGCCUUUGGCCUGGAUCCAGAGAAGCACUUAGGAAAAUCCCUGGGUGAUAUGCAGCCCUAUUUGAAACAGCUCUCCAACAAGUAUGGAGUCCAUAUUUGUGGUGAGGGAGGUGAAUAUGAAACCUUCACUCUUGACUGUCCACUCUUCAAAAAGAAGAUAGUCAUAGAUGAAGCCGAGACGGUGAUCCACUCUGCAGAUGCUUUUGCUCCGGUUGGCUACCUGCGCUUCACCAAAAUGCACGCAGAGGACAAACACGUGGACGCGGUGGCGAGAGCUUUGCCCCAUGGUAGUUGUCCUUGCCAGAGUGCCAUUGACAAGAUGACUGAGGAGGUGGAAUAUGCUGAUCAAGCUGAAUACAACCAGCACACAUUUACAUCAAGCUGUGACCUUAGUUGUCACUGGGGCCACGACAAGCCUCCGUCCUGCUCAAAAAGGUGUUCGAGAGGCUAUCAGUGGAUCUCAGGUAUCCACGGACUUAAGAGCCAAGAUCAUGGGACUGAGGGCCAAACAAUAGCAGCUUUCUCUAUGCUUCAAGAUGAGUUGAAAAACAAGGCUUGGAAGCUGAAGAACGUCGUCUUGGUUCAUCUCUACGUAAAGAACAUGGAAGAUUUUGCUUCUGUCAAUGAAGUUUACAGGAAAUAUUUCCACAUAAACCCUCCAGCCAGGGUUUGUGUCCAGGCACCUCUGCCUGCCGGACAGCUGCUGCAGAUGGACUGUCUCCUACAUGACUGGACCGAGCCCCUGGAGGAAGGCUGUUUCCGCCACAAGGAAGCGCUGCAUGUCCAGAGCCUGUCCCACUGGGCCCCGGCUAACAUCGGGCCGUACAGCCAGGCCUUCAAGGUGGAUGAGACGGUGUUCUGUGCAGGUCAAAUCGCUCUGGUCCCCUGCACUAUGUGUUUGGUAAAAGCCGGCACCGCCGUGCAAGCUCGGCUCUCCUUCAGCCACGUGAAGAAGGUGCUGGAAGCUGUGAUCCACAACCUGACGCCGGCUCAUGUUGUUCAGGCCCACUGCUACACCACAAGACACCGAGACACUGCUACCAUCAGAGCUGUGUGGGAGAGCAUGCUGAGGGCUACAGAGGAAGAGAAGGAGCGGCUGUGGGAGUCUGAGAUCGAACCCGCGCCGCUGCUGAUCGCCGUGGUGCCCGCCCUGCCCAAGGAUGCCGCCGUCGAGUUUCACGUGACCGCGGUGAACGACGAUCCCUCCGGAAGAACUCGGUGGCGCACCACGGCGGAGGCGGCGUGCGGAUCCGUAGAGUGCCACACCGUGCUGUCCGCUGACCGCAGUAGCGCUUCGCUGUCACUUUCGCUGUUCGCCCCCGGGGACGGCCUGGGAGCAGCCGAUUGGAAACGCGUCGCAGAGGAGGUUGGCGCCGCGUUCCUGGAAGCCACGAACACGACAGAAGCCGAGCUGGUACCGCAGUGUGCGAGGGUGUUCUACAAAUGCAGCUCCUCAGCUGUUCAGCAGGUGGUUCAAGGACUUGAAGAAAUCUUGCGAAACAGUUUGGGAGAAUCCAGUCCAUCUGUGGCCUUGGUUCCGGUCCUGGAUCUGCCUGACUCCCGCAUCCUCCACUUGUCCUGCUGGCUCAGUCUAUAGAAAGACACCUAUAGUCGAGGGGGAGAUUACCAGGGACCCCACAUCAGUACGAUUCAGAGGGGCUUUUCUGAAAAAAAAAAAAAUAACUUUUAUAAUGGAUAACUUUUUAGACUUAAAGAAAAACAUAUGUUUACAUAUAUAUAAUAAAUGACAUUAAAAGAUCUGCACGUGUGCAGCUUGGUGCAUGUAUUCAUUGUGCCCUUUGGAGCGUCUGUAAUCUGAAGGUGCAUACCUGGAAACUUCUUUCAUUCCAACAGGAAAUAAACUCCCUUGAUAUCCUA